AUGGACGCCGGCGCCGGGGCCACGGCCAUCCGAGUGCUCUACCGCCACCUCCGCGAUGCCGAGAUGGAGCUCGUCAGCCUCAACGGCGGCGCUCCCGGAGGGGACACGGGCCCGCCGCCGCCGCCGCACAAGGAUGCGGACCCGCACCCGUCGGGGCCGCACCAGCCGCGGAGCCACGGCGCCACCGACAGGACCAAGCUCGUGCUUGCCUGUAUGGUCGCCGCGGGCGUCCAGUUCGGAUGGGCGCUGCAGCUCUCCCUCCUCACGCCAUACAUCCAGACCCUAGGAAUAGACCAUGCCAUGGCAUCAUUUAUUUGGCUAUGUGGGCCUAUAACUGGUUUUGUGAUUCAGUUACUAGCACAGCUUAUAGCUACCACAGAUAACAUAUGUUUUCGGCUUAAUUUUGAUGCAAGAUCCUCGCUGGUACUUCGCAAUGUCUACGCCCGGAGAUACACGCGAUGCGCUAAGCGAUAUCACCAACAUCACAGGGAUUUAUCACACAAUAAGUUGGAGGGCUCAAUUCCUGAUGUCAUUUCACAUGGUUAUGUGAAUUUUCUGAUCCAUGAUGACUUUCAUGUCUUAGAGUUUAGCUAUAAACAAUUGGCGUCGAGGAGCUCCCUGACGCUGGGGGAGUUAGCCUGCGCGGCGCUGUUCCCGGUGCUCGCCGUGGUCGACGCGGUCCUGCUCGCGGCCUCGCGGUGCUUCCAGAAGUGCCCGUGCAGGCUGCUGCCUGCGCUCGACAUAUGCGCGCGCCUCCGGGCCGGCAGACGUCUCACCUUCCGUGACCUAGCCGAGCUCGCCGACGAGUCCCGCUGCUUUUCGGUGAACGAGGUGGAGGCGCUGUACGAGCUGUACAAGAAGAUCAGCUGCUCCAUCAUCGACGACGGUCUGAUCCAUAAGGAGGAGCUGCAGUUGGCAUUAUUCAAGACACCAUUUGGGAAAAAUAUUUUUCUAGAUAGAGUUUUUGAUCUUUUUGAUGAAAAGAAAAAUUCUGUUAUUGAAUUUGAUGAGUUUAUCCAUGCAAUAAGUGUCUUUCAUCCAAAUGCUCCUCUUGAAGACAAAAUUGAUUUUUCAUUCAGAUUGUAUGACUUGAGGCAAACUGGUUUCAUCGAGCGUGAAGAGGUAAAACAAAUGGUAGUUGCUACUUUGAUGGAGUCACAGUUGGGGCUGUCUGACGAUCUCGUGGAAACGAUAAUAGACAAGACAUUUGAGGACGCUGAUACUGAUAAGGACAACAGGAUUAGCAGAGAGGAGUGGAGAGAUUUUGUAUUGCAGCACCCUUCUGUUAUAAAGAAGAUGACACUGCCACACUUGAAGGACACGACUGCGGCAUUCCCCAGCUUCGUUUUCAAUACACAAGUUGAAGACUAG